AUGAACCUCAUUACCGGAUGCUUCAAGCACACAAGAAAGAUCAAGGCUAUGGACUGCGGGAGGAUAUCCGAGGUGUACAUUUCAAACGUGCUGGAGCAUAACGAGCCUGACGAGUACCUGGUAAGUGACGGGAACGGAAGGAUUCCUGUGUUCAGAUGCGUCGGAAGUGCUGACAAAGCUGAGUUUGAGGGAUAUCUGAAAUACAGGCUUGGGAAUCUGAAUAUGAAGUUCCGAUUUGCUGAGGGAUUGGAGGGCGGUACAUCCAUUUUAAUGAAUGGCAAGCAUUUCCAUGUAUGUGCGGAAGAGUCUGAUGUCCCAACAAAGUACCUUAUCUUUUCUGAGGGAGCUUUGAAAGAAAAAGAAGCUGGCUCAUCGGAAGUUUUGGGAGAGAUUGAGGAGGAGUUUGGAAGAUGUGAGUCGGAAGCUCACAGACAGGUAGUUUUAUCUUUUUUGGGGAGCAUAAGGCCACAGCACCAUGCACAGUUCCUAUACUUUUAUGUUUCGAAUGUGGAGGCCAUAUACGGCCAGGUUUUGGUUUCCUGCGUAGGUAGCACCAUGGUUCUUCACACGCUGACGUCUCCUGUGUUCCUCAAUUUCAACGAGCUCUUUUCAAGCGGGGUUUCCCUGCCUAUGGUCUAUGGAAUCCCGUACUUUCCGCACACAAACUUUAUCGUUAGCUGUGAGUGGCGGAAAAUCUAUGAGUCUAGAGCAUAUGGGCACAUCUGGAGCUAUCCUCGCAAAUUUCUUCUAAAGGUUCUGAGCCUGAUACUGCUUGAGGAAAGGAUAGUGUUUUACUCCGCAAAAAGCUCGUCGCUGAGAGUGUUGCAGAUCAUGGAACUUAUAAAGCCUUUCCGAUGGCCACAUAUAAUAUGCCUACCUCUCCUUCCCGGGAUGGAGGAGAUUCUUGAGAGUCCCCUGCCAUUUGUCACGUGUCUGGACAGGAAGCUGAAGGCUGGGGACGUGGUUUUCGUGGACCUGGACGAUCUAAAAAUCCACAGCUCCAAAAGACAGGCCUUGCUGCCUAAUAAAAAAGCAAAAGACACGGCGGCUCAAGGUCAUAUGGAGGAGAUGAAGGAUUGCAUCGAGAUGAUAGCCACGGAAAUACUGCUGUGGAGAGAGUAUUUGAUAAAGAGGCAUGGGUCCAGGGUGAUAGCCAAAAUGCCCAACAACCCUCUGGAAUUUACCAGGAAGGCCCGCGGGUUUUACAGCGACUUUUUUAGAACCAGGAUGUUCCUGGCUUUUAUAACCGAGGAGCAUGACCAUUUGUGUAGAUAUUUGGUUGAGAUAGGGCGUGACUACUCGGUCAUACUUCUUCCAUAUGCACAGCUGGGCGCACACAUGUACACGAAGGCCCUGCGUUUGUGGAUAGAACUAUUCGACGGGGAUAUGGAACCGAUGGUUGAGCAUCUUGUUAAGAAUGGGGUUCUUGAAGAUGUUGCGGACAUGAUCUUCAAGGGGUUGAGCUACAGAGAGGACUACGAUAAGAUAGACACGCUUUUAUCAUGCAUCUCCUCUCCAACACAUGAAAUGUAUAUGAACAUCAAUGUUGUCUCCAGGAUGCCUAGAGUAGUCUUCAGGGACCUCUAUUCUUAUAAGGUAUACCACCUGAGAGCCUGUGAUUGUAAGGCUCUGGAUCUUGGAGGGCUGCAGUGCCAAGAGAGUUCUAGGUGGGGAGAAAAAGGGAAUUCUAUGGAGGCCGUUCGGAGUGAAAUAAGGAAACUGCUAGGGGGAAUGAAGCAAGAUUUCUUUGAUCUCGAAAAAGAAGAUUGUGGAUGCACGGUUAGGAACUCAGUUGUACUUGCUGCAGGUCCCGGAUACUCGUUUCUUUGCUUUCUGCUUGUGCCUGAAAAUAUCGAUACAGUAUUGAAGCACUGUGGAUCGAAGGAUCUUCUUGAAAAGAGCCCGCAGGCCUAUUGGAGCAUUGUAACAUAUUUUUUAUAUUUUAACCUUCCGCUAGGAAAUGACCCUGCAUUUGACGGAAAGGUUGAUGUUAUUAUCGACGAGCCUGCACUUGAUCUUCGGAUCGACGGAAGGCCCAAGUUCUACUUUGAUCCGUAG